AUGAGCCAGAAGAUCGAACGUGUACAGCACUACGUGAAAGAAAGGCAGGCUACUGCCUUGAUGGCCGAGAAGAAGCAGCAGGAUGCCGAGAAGAUGGCGGAGAGGUGGCAGAACGAGGUCCGGCGGUGCCAGGCAGAAAAAGAGCGCUUGGCAUCGGCAGUGCUGGAGAUGGAAGGCCAGCAAAGCGGCCAGGCCCAACAGCUCCAGGGCACCGUGGAUCAGCACCGCCGGCAGGUCGCAACCCUGGAAGAUGCACUGCGGAGGAAGGAAGGCGAGAUGCGGGAGCAGAACCUUGAGCUGCUGUCUCGCCGCGAUGAGGAGUACCAAGCCAAGGUCACCCUGGAGAAGCAGCGGGAGAAGGAGCGGUCCAUCGCUUUGCUCAAGAAAAAGGAGCAGGAGGUGCAGAUCAAAGACCAGCAGCUGCGGGCAGCAAAGUUACGGAUUCAGGAUUUGGAGUCCGAGCUGCGCAGCACUGCGACAUCUGCAGGCUCAGAGAAACAAAGACCGCCCUGUACCCGCGGAGAAACUUCUGCGCUACCGCCUCUUCCGCUUUCCGCGCGCUGA